AUGAAGGUACCCGUGGCUCCGGAUCAAAGCACGCUUUUUCGUUUAGCCGAUUGGGCGAUAAUCGCUCAAGGUGUGCGCUCGGUCUGGUUGGCGUUCCGAGCGGAAAGCAUACCGCAAGUCGGAGUUGCUGUCUCGAAUGCAGCACCUGUAGGAGGAAGCUUAGCUCUGAUGCAGCAUGGGCUCGCUCGCCGAGUAAGAGACUGGUCAACUGAGGUCGUACUUGCUGUUUCGGGGAAGCAAGCAAUACAGCAACCAAAAGGUUCGCUUGCAACUGCUGGAGCACGAACGCAGCGCACAAGUACACUACAGGAGGCCGCUGUCACGGCGAGGGAAGCGGAUGCAGCUGCUUCGGAAGUCGUUCGAAACUUGCAGCAGCCUGCACAGUACGCGAACGUGGCAGCAACGGGACGAGAAUCGAGUGCAUUGCCAGGAACCCUGGUCACUGGGAGACCUUACAACACAGGGGAUGCGGUGACUCCUAGCAACGAAAACGCGGCACCUGCCAACUUGGAGCAUAGCAGUCGCCCGCCACCACUGGCGAGAGAAGCAAAUGCAUCGACGAUAAGUGAGAAUGAUGUUGGACCCGAGCUGCGAUCACGCAGAGGCAGCUCCUACGAUACCACACCAGACCCUGCUGUACAGACUGUGCAUCAUCGUGUCGGCCAGGAGGAGGAGCAAACAACAAAUGCAUUCACCGAGCGCGACGUGAGAAAUUCGGCCCCGAGACGCUCGGUUGGAGAAGCGCGUCGCGUCCCAGCAACGACUGUGGAACGGAUGUUCGGGUUCGGAAACUUAGCGCUCGGCAUUGUGUGGAACGCAGCCAAGAGCUCCCUGCUGAGUGCAGCUCCUACCAAAGAACGCUCUGGACUGGAGCGAUACCUGUCUCCGGAGAAUGCCGACCGCAUAGCUCGAACACUCUGCCGUAUGCGGGGCGCCGCCCUCAAACUGGGACAGAUGCUCUCCAUGCAGGAUGAGCGAACCGUGCCUCCAAUUCUGUUGCAAGCACUGGAACGGGCCCGUCAGGGUGCAGAUUUCAUGCCGCGACGUCAGCUGGAGCGAGUUUUGCGGCAAGAAUGGGGACCCGACUGGCAACAGCGCGUUCACUCCUUCAAUUUUGAACCGGUUGCAGCGGCAAGCAUCGGCCAGGUACAUCGUGCUUCCGUUAGAGAGCAGAAUCAUGAGCGACCCAUUGCCGUCAAAGUCCAGUACCCCGGAGUUGCAGCUUCAAUAGAGUCGGACCUGAAGAAUCUGAAGCGUCUUCUUACUUACACGAAUUUGAUCCCCAGAGGUCUCUACCUCGACGAGGCUAUUCGCGUAGCGCGUGAGGAGUUGCUCUGCGAAUGCGACUAUGAGCUUGAAGCAGCUAAUCAAGUACGCUUUGCUGCGCUCUUUCAGGGAUUCGACCAGGGCCACGUGCACAUACCGAGAGUACUUGCGUCGCUCUCGACAAGGAACGUCCUUACCACUGAAUGGGUAGACGGCGAGCCGCUUGAUCGACUCGUUAGCCUCGGCGUGCCUGCGGCACAGAGAAACAAACUAGCGGUGCGCAUGCUUCGCCUUACUUUGCAUGAGCUAUUUGAGAAAAGAUUCAUGCAAACGGAUCCCAAUUUCAGCAAUUUCCUCUACGAAAUCGAAUCAGAUACGCUUCACCUUUUGGACUUUGGUGCAGCGCGUUCCUAUCCGAAAGCGUUCGUCGACGCGUACUUGCACCUCGUGAUGGCCUGUGCGAAUCGUGACCGCGCCGGCAUCCUUGAGUGGUCUCAGCAGCUUGGAUUUCUCACCGGAGAAGAGUCCAGGCUUAUGCUGGACGCCCAUUGUGAGGCCGCAUUCGUGGUUGGAGAGCCCUUCUCUGCUGCCUUUGCCAAGAGUUACGAAUUUGCCUCUAGUAAUAUUGCAGUGCGGGCGGCACGUUUCGGGCAGGUUAUGUUGCAGCAUCGAUUGUGUCCGCCUCCGCGUGAGGCCUAUUCCCUCCAUCGUCGUUUGAGCGGAGCGUUCUUGACUUGUAUGCGACUGCAGGCAAAUAUUCCCUGCAGAACGCUCCUUGAGGAGGUCUAUACGAAGCAUGACUGGCGUCCGGAGGGCGAAUCGGAGCCAGCAGCUGGCGAUUUGCCUGUCAAACCGCCCGACUUGGUGUCUGUACCCCAGUGA